CAACUUAUAACAUAACCAAAUAGCAGGAAUAGUAUUCAGAGUCGAAAAUGGCAGUAAAAAUAUCAGCGAUGCAGUACGAAGACGUGCGAAAGCAGAUCGGACACUAUCCCAAGAUGGAUUACCAUCCAGAGAUAAGGCCUGCUGGAACUGUGAUUUUGGAAGGCGGAUUGGAAAACUGUUUCAAAGAUUACAAACUCCAAGACAGUAUAGAUGCAUUGAAAUCUUCAUUGCAUAUUACUGAUAAACGAGAAGACAAUAGCUUUAAUCAGCAAUUACUGAUUGGUACUGCUGAUCUUGGGACUGACGCUGGAGUCAAAUCCUGUUUGGAAAUGACUUUGCGGACACCGUUUCAAUCGCUAAUCUGUGAGCUAAGAGACACGGCUAUGAACAGUUACUGGAAAAAAGAAGUUGGUAAAACUUCAGGCCAAAAAUCGAAUUUGCCAAACAGUGUUGAUCCUGUUACAACAACUUUUGGAAAACGCACCGAGUCCAAUGGCACAGCAGCAGAAUUGGUAAAUCCCCGAAAAACUGCAGCCGAAGUUAUUUCAGCUUCUCGCAUUGGCCAUCGACUUUAUAGGAAAACUCACAAUGAUUAUGAUCCGUCUGAACAAGUCAAUCGAGAAUAUGUCGAGCCAUUCAACAAAAAUCACGAGUAUGGCAAGAAAACAAAAACUGAUAAAGAGGGUGGUCAAGUUAAGCGGUCUAUAAGGUGGUUCAAGCAAGAUGUUGCAUCAAUCGUUAGCAACCUCCAAGCAGAUUUUUUCAAGAGGACUCAAGCUCCUCUUGGUCGUUCAGUGUGCCACACACCUGAGCCAUACUAAAACUUUUUCUGCAUUUUGGGAUCUUGGAGACUCAUCAAAUCUGAAGUUGAAAUGUGAUCAUUUGCCGAGGGGUUGACCUUCAUUGAGUUUAACUGAA